AUGACCCAGGAACCGGACAAAUCCGGGUACCGGACAGUCUUAGAUAUAUGUAGCCAAGAUGAAAUAUGCGCACAUUUGCACAAAGAAUUGUGCAUCCACCUAUUACAACUUUCGGAUUCGAAAAAGCGAUUGGUCAUGCCACACAAGCACCGCAGAGUCCGACAUGCGGAUCCAUCAUACUGGGAACUGCCUCCUAGCAAGAUCGCAAGCGAACGGCCUCUGCCCUCCUCUAAAGCACCUUCCAGAACCGCCGUUGGUAGAGAUGCAAAACCUUCCCGCAAGCAGCGCGUCAUAGAAGAUGAUACACCGCGUGCUUUCACACGCCUCCUAAACCACUACCGCCCGCCCCGAUCAGGCCUAGACGAUGGAGAGCGGCGCCCAAGCAAGAAACGCAAGACCGCCCCGUCUGCGACUACAAUUCCACCUACCGUACCGCAGACCACCCAUGACCUCAAGAUUCGACCACAUGAACGCCUCUCCCAUUUCUCGGCUCGCGUAGAUGCAGCAAUCCCUUUCGCUACCGUCUCAAAACCGAACACGUCCAAUGAUCCUGCGCUGAAGGAUGUUAGUCGACCGCGGAAGACGAAAAAUGAGAGGCGCAUGUACAAGAUGCAGCAAGCGUGGCGGGAGGAGGAUCAAAAGCGUAAGGAAGCACGGCUGGCUGAAGGAGAGGAGAGAGAAGGCGCUGUGGACGAAGAUGGGGUGGAAGAAAUGGGCGUCGAGGAAGAGGGUGGGGUUGCGAGGGUAAAGCGGAAAGGCAAAAGGGGGAGAGAGAAAGAGGAUGAUCCUUGGCGGGAGCUUGAGGCUAGGAAAAAGGAAGAGGCGGCGAAGAAGGAGAGACAUGGGAAUGCUGGGUUGGCUGGGAUUCAUGAUGUUGUGCAGGCUCCGCCGAAAUUGUCGAGGGCUAUGAGGGAAGGGCAUGGUUUGCCGGGGCGUAGCAAGAAGGGAGGGAUGAAGGAACGUGUUGAGAUGAGUGAGGCUCGAAGAAGCGUUAUUGAAGGCUACAGGGCGAUGAUGAGGCAGAAACGCGAUGGUGCUGGAGCAGCGUAG